GCAGAGUGUGUGUGAGUGAGUUGGGAGCUUUCGUUGCGAGCUAAUUACCCUGUAAAGAAUCCUCCAUGGCGUCUUCACUGCUCACAGUUGCUAAGCCCUUCCUCCACUUCCCUCCAUCCCAGGUUCCUUCUCCACGAAUCCCUCCUUGUUCCUCUCCGCUGUCUCGCUGGAAGCUAGACGUCAGGCGGCGGAGCUUACUUAGGGUUUCGUCUAUGACGCAAACAUGGGAGCCUUCUAAGGUGGUUCCGCAAGCUGACUUGGUUCUAAUUCGCCUAGAAGAGCUACCGGAGAAAUCUGCUGGCGGAGUGCUCUUACCGAAAUCAGCAGUUAAAUUUGAAAGAUAUCUGACGGGAGAGAUUUUAUCUGUUGGUGCCGAUGUUGCUGAUUUAGAUGCUGGAAAGAAGGUUUUAUUCUCGGACAUGAACGCAUAUGAUGUGGAAUUAGCCUCAGACGCGAGGCACUGUUUCUGUAAGGCCUCUGAUUUACUUGCUGUGGUUGAGUAAACAUUCUAAUUAUAUUUCUUUUAAGUUGCAUCGGCUUUGUUAUUUUGGUGAAAACAGGGCUCAUUUGCUUAACUUUUGCUUAUAUAUCGAACAUGGUUUGAAAACUCUGAAUUGCUUUUGGUAUGGCGUUCAAAUCAUAGAAAUAUGUUUUUAAAUCAUUAAG